CUUUUGUCAAUGGAACACGAGCUCUUUAUUCUAACUACUAUUCUAUGACGCCGACUUUCAGUAUAUCGCUAUUAUGAAUCUCCUACUCUCAGAUGACUAUCUUCUCCAAGAUUACCCCGAACACAUCACAAAUACGAUCCGUUCAGGACAUGCGACAACUCUACGUUUUAAUCGGCAGGGCGAUUACCUUGCUUCGGGCCGAGUCGAUGGAACCGUUGUGAUUUGGGAUCUGGAGACAAUGGGAGUCGCGAGGAAACUGAGGGGUCACAAUAAGAGCAUUACAGUUCUGAGCUGGUCAAGGUGUGGACAGUAUCUUCUUACGACCUGCCACGGAUGGAAAGCUAUCCUUUGGGACCUUCAAGAUGGAAAGCGUCUACGUGAGGUUCGUUUUCGCGCGCCUGCGUAUAUGGCUGAGCUUCACCCAUGGAACCACCUUCAAUUUGUCGCAGCGCUAUACGAAGAGCAGCCAGUCCUAGUCGACAUAACCGAUCCUGUCGACGUGAAACACAUUCUUCCGUCAGCGGCGAAGCGACCGAGUACCGACGAUGCAGCACUGCGCGAAAAGCAAGCCAAAGAAGAUGCAAAACAAAUGACAACUUCUGUGAUCUGGAGCACAACUGGAGACCAUGUGCUCGCCGGAACCAACAAAGGAAAGCUCAACAUCAUCGAUGCGAAGACAUGCGAAAUUAUUUACUCGGAGAAGAUAUGUUCGGGUGCCAUUACCACCAUGCGAAUGACUGUAUCGGGACGCGAAUUAUUAGUCAAUUCCCAAGACCGAAUUAUUCGAACUUUCCGCGUACCAAAUUUACUGGCCGAGAAUCUCGAUCUCGAUACACUGCAAUUACCACUGGAGCACAAGUUCCAGGACGUUGUCAACAGGCUAUCAUGGAAUCACGUCACGUUCAGUGCAACUGGUGAAUAUGUAGCAGCCUCGACGUAUAACAACCACGAGCUGUAUGUAUGGGAGCGUAAUCAUGGCAGUCUGGUGUGUAUGCUCAAGGACCCAAAAGAAGAACAAGGUGUGAUAGAGUGGCAUCCCACCCGCGCGCUCUUGGCUGCCUGCGGCCUGGAAACUGGUCGCAUAUACAUAUGGUCUGUUGUCAGUCCACAAAAAUGGUCGGCGCUGGCGCCUGACUUUGCUGAAGUGGAAGAGAACGUUGAGUACAUCGAGCGGGAAGAUGACUUUGAUAUCUAUGCGCAAGAAGAGAUACACCGACGGCGACUAGAUGCUGAAGAUGAAGAGGUUGAUGUCUUGACCCUGGAUCCAUCAAAAACUCUGGACGAGGGAGAAAGCUUUCGGAUGCCAAUUCUGUUUAAUCUCGGGGAGAGCGACAGCGAGGACGAAUUCAUCGCAGUAUCAACCGGCACCAUGAGACGCAGGAGUCCUGGAGAGGGUCAAAGCGAUUUGGAAGAAAAGAUGCCCGUUCAAAAAAGCACGGCCGGGAAAAGAGGCCGAAAGCGUUAGACAACAAAGGAGAUGAUGGGUGGAACAUUAACAGCAAAGAACAAAGGGGUCUUGUCGCAUUCGGAGGGGCUAGUUAAAGCUGCAUGGAAUAGGGAUGAUUGCAAAUAUACCAUUUUCGUCUCAACAAUGGGAUGAAUGAAAUAAUUUAGCAAAAUACAUAAAGAAUCUAUUAUGAGAUCUG